UUUGGUCUUUUCCGGCGACCCGUCCAAGAUGUGGGUCAUCUUUUCGAUGUCAAACGUGGCAUUCUCCCGCUCUCUCUUUAUAUCGGCAUUCAUGGCUGGACGAAGCCGCUGAAAACCACCAUGUAUUUAUGGAAAUAAAAAGAUAAACUGUGACGCUUGAAGUUCAACCUGGCAGCUUCCCGGUGGCCUCGUCACUGCGCAGGCGCGAGGGGGCGGGGCCAGCCGGGAACACGUGACCGGGGCCAGCCGGGAACACGUGACCGGGGCCCCCGGACCACGUGGUCGGAGCGGGACCAUGCUGCCAUCGGCCGCAGCCUUCCUGCUGCCGUGGGAGGUGGACGCGGCGAGGGAAGGACGGUCGCUCAGGACCUUUGGCAGGACUCAAUAGACUCAGGACUGUCUCCUAAAGGGGCGUGGCAGUCACGUGACACAGAUACAGGAAAACGAACCGUAGUGGGCUGUCUCGUUUAUUGAACGUCUCUGCCUCCACUUAACGACAACAAAGAAAGAAAGAUGGCGUUCGACGACCUGGACCAGGCUACAGCAACGUACAUUUCCUGCAUUAUGUACCUGUUAGUUGUGACUAUGAAAAGAACAACGGAUCUUUUGGCUGCAGUGAUGACGGAAGAACGACGCCGGCGGCAAAUAAUACGUCAAGGGGCCAUAGAGAGCAUGAAUUUGUUGAUGAACGCUGGAGCGUCUCUGCUUGAAAAGUCUCUGCUUGAAAGCACGUCUCAGCGUUCAUGCUGGAUGCGGGUCAGGAGCAAAGAUUGGUGGGAGCGAGUGGUGUUAAAGGAGUUUAGCGACAAGGAGUGGAAAGAGAACUUCCGAAUGACCCGCAGAACCUUCGACAAGUUGUGUGGCUUGAUGUCACGAGUGAUGAAACCCGAGGACGUGACCGUUCGGGCACCGGUGCCGCUUCAGAUGAGGGUUGCGAUUGUCCUUUACAAGCUGGCCAGUUCUUCUGAGUACAGGGUUGUGGCAAACCAGUUCGGCGUGCACAAGUCGACUGUGAAAAAGUUUGUGUACAUUUUUUGCAAAGGCAUGGUGUCAUCGGUCAUCCAAAACUUCAUCACGGUUCCCACUGCAGAGGAAGCCGUCGCUAUAGCGCGCCGGUUCGAGCUAAAGUUCAACAUCCCCCAGAUAAUCGGCUGCAUCGGCGGCACACACAUUCCUGUUUUACCACCGAGUGACGGCUACAAGGACUUCAUCAAUCGAAAAGGAUGGACUUCCUACGUCCUCCAGGCUGUGGUGGACGACACGUACCGGUUUUGGAACAUAAACUGCAAACUGCCUGGAAGUGCCGACGACGCAGACGUUCUCAGGCAGUCGGCGUUGUUCAGCCACGCACAUCAGCUACCUAAGGGCCUAAGGGAAAUCAACGGUGUUGCCGUCAGCCAUUUUCUUGUGGGAGAUCCAGGUUAUCCUCUCAUGGAGUGGCUGAUCAAAGACUACACCCGUUCCCCAUCCAUCACCCCUGAGCAGGAGUCGUUUAACGUGUACUUAAGCUCUGCGAGGACCACUGUGCAGAUCGCCUUUGGGAGACUGAAGUCACGCUGGCGAGUUCUGCUCAAGCGAAGUGAUUUUCAUUUUACCUUCACCCCUCAUGUGAUAGCUACGUGUUGUGCGUUGCAUAACUUAUGUGAAGAUGAGGAGGACGGUGUGAACCCCUCCUGGACCGACGAGGCUGCUGCGUUAGAAUCCAACCUACCACAACCUGGAGCCCGAGCCCACGACGACUCUGACACUGACGGGGGUCAGAAGAUCAGGGAGCUGCUCACGGACUAUCUGAGUACAAACUUCCCUCUGCACACACUUGUUGUAGCAGUUUCUUAGCUUCAUCUUUUUUUCUGUACAGCACACUGUAUCUUUCAUGCCAUGAAUA